CGUCUGACGUUGAAGAACACUUUGUUCUUUCUAGUUUUGACUUUGAAUUCCGGCGAUGAUCGAUGAAACGGAGGAAGAUGACGAGACGCAGCGAUCAUCCAAAAACAAAGUCGUUUCGAAAAAUCACAAGAAGAAGAAGAAAGGUAUAGGUUUUAAGGGUGACAAAGCAAAGAGAGCUUUAAUCGGAGCGGGUGGUCGGAUCCUGUUCUACCCGACUCUUAUGUACAACCUCCUCCGCUUUAAACUCCAGUCUCAGUUUCGUUGGUGGGAUCAAAUCGACGAGUAUCUUCUGAUGGGAGCGGUUCCAUUUCGUAAGGACGUUCCACGACUAAAGCAACUAGGCGUUGGUGGUGUAAUCACUCUUAAUGAACCUUUUGAGACUUUGGUUCCAUCUUCUUUGUACAAUGCUUAUGAAAUGGAGCAUCUAGUGAUACCAACACGAGAUUACCUCUUUGCUCCUUCCAUUGCAGACAUAACCCAAGCUGUUGACUUCAUUCACAAGAAUGCUUUGCUCGGUAAAACCACUUACGUCCAUUGCAAAGCUGGCCGUGGAAGAAGUACUACCGUUGUUCUCUGCUAUCUGAUUGAGCACAAGAGUAUGACCGUAACUGCAGCUUUUGAACAUGUCCGCUCAAUAAGACCGCGGGUUUUGCUUCAUCCUUCGCAGAGGAAGGUUGUUGAGGAAUUUAAAAGGCUACAAACUCUAGAAACCUCUGAUGCCGUAAGUUAAAUCAAUGGCAGAGAUUAUAAGCUCUCAGCAUUUCCAGCAGCUAUGGCCAUUGUUUGCAAGACUUCUCUGCUUCCUUUUGGUUCGGUUAAAAUCUCCGAUUCUGACUAUCUGACUCGGUUUGGCUCCUGCGAAGUUGUGACCGGUCUAAUGGUUAAUUUAUCUAUCCAUUGUCUCAAUUCUCCCCAAGAAAGAAAAGACAGUUACAUGAUUGACCUCUCGUUGAUUAACAAUUGUUUGUAAUAUAGUUCUACUUACGAUAUAUGUUAAUAUCCAUCAUUUUAAUAAACACGGUCUUACCAGAAGGGUGGAAACGUUAACCAGUCUGCACUUUGCUGUGGAA